AUGAAGAAUAUGCCUCAAAGACACGUGUCGAAGGUGUAUCUUUUUAUACCUGAUAUCGUAGUUUUGGCCUUAAUUUUAUUCAAAGCUUUUGUUUUAGUAUCUGGGAUAGAAAUUUCAAAAAAUGUGAAGCAAGAUAUGUUUUUUGAAAUUGUAGAGCCCGAAAGCUUACGGUAUACUUUCAAAGUUAGGCCUGCUCAGGAUUUUGGAGUCCAUUUUAAUAAAACACUUCAAAAUGUCGGUUUAGUUAUCUCAGAACCUCAUCAUGGUUGUAGUGCACCAAUCAAUAAAUUAGAACUCAAAAGUAAUGUUAUUCUUGUGGAAAGAGGGGGAUGUUCCUUUCUUACUAAAUGCAUACAGGGAGAACAUGUUGGAGCUUUAGCUAUCAUUGUUGCAGACAGUGAUAUAAAAAAUGAUGAGCAAUAUAUCGAAAUGAUAGACGAUAACACUCAACGAAACUGUAGUAUUCCGGCCAUGUUUCUUCUUGGAAAAGAUGGCUAUAUGAUCAGACAAAGAUUAGAAGCCCAUGGAUUAUCAAGAGCUAUAAUCAACAUUCCUGUAAAUGUUACUAUGGUUCCACUUCAUCAACAGAAACAACCUCCUUGGCUGAUUUGGUGAUAGUUGCCGUUAAUUUUACCUGAUCAUUCUAGUCUAAUGAUGAAUAUUUACAUUUAUUUGAUUGACAGUUGGGAAAACAGAGGAGGUUAUCUGACUUCCAGUAAAUAAAAUGAUCUUUAGAAAAAUAGAUAAAUAUGAAUUCAUGUAAGAUACCAUUUAACAUGAAGAUUAACUCUCUCGUAUUGCCUACACUGUUUAGGUACCUAAAUGUAUAUGUAACAGGAUUAUAUACGAGUUUCUUUUUUUUAAUUAUACAGUUCAUUAACCAGAUUUUAAAUGUGACAUUCUAAGCUUAAAAACAACAUAACAAUUUUCUUUUUUAAUUCAUGGGUAAUAUGACUUAGCUUUUAUUUGUGGCACUGAACACUUUCUACACAGUUGCUUAUAAACUUUCUACCACACCUGCACAUAUACUGGAUAAAACUCCUAACUGUUAAGGGAUCAGCUUAAAAUUUAAGAUUAUUGGUCAACAAGUGAAAUAUUUGUUGAUAUAAGAGGCAAACAGUAUAAAUGUUUGAGAAUUUUAGAUAAGAUGCUACCAUUCAUAACUUAAGGAAAUGAUACAAGCUUGAUCAUCAAGUUUGUCAUGCUCAUGUCAUAUAUAUAUAAUGUCUAUAUAAUACUGUGAGAUUGUUGGAUUCAUGGGUAGAUCACUGCUAAUCUAACAUCAACUAGAAAGAAUGUUAAUAAUCACAUUGUUAAGAAAGCUUACAUAACUUUAUUUUAGUGGCAAUUUGAAUAUUGACUGACUAUAU